AUGGGACUUCUUUCUGUUGAGCAGAAAUAUAGCAUCAUUUUGAUGGCCGAGAGGCAUCCCAAGUGGACACAAGCGGAGCUGGCACGGUGGGCGUACGAAGCAUACCAGUUGUCGUCACGGCCUUCACAAGGCACCAUCUCCCGUCUUUUGGCUCGCAAAAGCGUUUUUAUGAACUCUAAAGAACAUGAAAAGGGAGCCAACAGGUUGCGGACUCCGAACAAUCUUUUAGUGCGUCGCAUUCUGCAAGAAUGGGUCUCGCAGAGCAUCUGGAACGGAAUCCCAAUAACACCCCCCAUUGUACAGGACACGGCUCAAUCGGUAUGGCACCGUAUUCCAGCGGAGCAUCGUGAGGGCAACGGAUCUUUCAGCUACAAGUGGAUCACUUAUUUUCUGUCUAAGAUGGAUUUAAACGUCACGAACCCAGACGAGGAACUGCCGAAACCGCCAAAAGUAUGGACUUUUGAAGAAAGAGACGCUUUGAAAGAUCUGUUGGUCAAAGUUCCAGCCAAGGACUUGUUUACGCUGGAUGAGACAUUUUUGGCCUACAAUCUACCCAUGGACAACGCUCAGUACGAGACAGGCCAAGUUCAGAAAAAGAUAGAGGUUCUGACUGUGAUGCUUUGUGCGAACCUGGAUGGUUCUGAGAAGAUGAAUCCUUUGGUGAUUGGCAGAUACGAAAACUACAGAAGUUUCCGAAGUCAUUUUGCCAACGACCCUCCAGAUAGCACAUCCCCGACAUCCCUAGGUGCGAAAAUGGCCCGCAAAUUCUCUUUGACUUUUCACAGCAACCGCAAGUCGUGGCUUACAAGCAACCUCUUUCAUGACUGGCUAGCAUGGUGGGACAAACGUCUUGUCGUGGAUAAUCGUACCAUUUGCAUUGUGCUGGAUGACUCCUGCUCUCAUCGAAUAGUCAAUUUGCGACUCAAGAAUAUUAAACUGGUGUACACUUCCGCCAACAGUAGAUUUUUACCUUUUAACUGGGGCGUCUUGGACGAGUUCAAAACGCACUAUCGUGUCCAGCAGUAUGAAGCACUCAUCGACUUGCAGGAAAAGAUCGAAAAGAAAACAGGUGUCAAGAAGAUUUUAACUUACGAUCAAAGCACACUCAAUAUGUCCAAUGCCUUCAAACUAAUAAAGACAUCUUGGGACGCUAUACCUAUAGACACAAUCAAGGCUAAUUGGAAGAGCUCGGGAAUAUUACCGCAGCAUAUGAUUCAACUGAACGAAAACGUCAGCAUGGCAUUCAAGAAAAAUGAAGCACUAGAACGGAAACUAUACGAAGUAAGCGAGAAAUUUCACUGUGUUAAACAGUGGGAUUACGACAUUUUGCUUGAUUUGAACAUUGAGAAUAAAAACACCAAUUUCCUAAGCUCCGAGGAAAUAGUAGAGAGUGCAAUUGUGGAUGAGUGGGAGCCAGAGCCCAAAGAGGGCACCUACGAUGAAGACUAUGCCACGGGUACUUUCAAUCUGGACGCAUUUGCUCCUGUUGGCGGAGAGGUUACAAGCGAUGCUUUCGGGCACGUACCCCAUCUGGGGUCUAGUACAAACGAUGGGUCAGACAGGGAUCUAUUCGUUAGCAGUGUGAUUGACAAAACCAAUGAUAUUUUUUCCAGUACCGUCCUUCCACCUGUAGAUGGUCACAGUCAUCUACAACCUGUCUCUGUUGUUCCACCUUCUGCGUCCAGUCACAUAUAUGCUGCCCCUAAUGCCGCACCAACAGCAAACGCCUAUCUAGAUGACGUUUUCAGUACCCUGCCAAGCGAAGCACCUCCACCACCAAACGAAAAUACUUUGACUGGCCAUACUCAAAACUCAAUACCAGACAGUACGUCACCAGCAUCUAAUAGCUUGCCUCCAAACGAAAUAAUGACUUUGAGUGAGCCAGAUCUAAAUUUAGGCGAUGAAUUUGACCUCGGAUCAGCAAACGAAUUCUCGACCCAUUCAACAACUGGCGAACAUGAAGCGCCAUUUGGUUCUCAGCGUCUUCUUAUCAUGACCACUUUGCAAACUAAUAUCGACAUUGCAAAGUCAAUGGGAAACAUUUUAAAACAUGCAGAGUUUAGGGAAGUUGGUUUGUCGGAGACAGCCUUGAACGAACUAAAGUUUAGUUACAACAACUGUCUGAAAAAAAUACGAAAAGCCAAGUUGGCUUUAAGUGUCCCCGAAAAAAGACAAAGGAACCAUCUAUUAGAACGUCAAUUGCUGCAUCGAGAGCACACCCUCAUGCGCCAAGGUGGGGCACCAACGCCAAAGAGUGUAUCUCAGCCUGGUGUCGAUCCAACGCUUGAAGUCGGAGGCACUAAUUUCUUUGGCAGUUUCCCUCCUACUUCGGGAUAA